AUGGUUCCAUGUAGGUCCGUGCCUGGCUGCAACUCAAACAUGUCACAUGUGACCAUGCAAGACAGUUUGCUAGGCCAUAAUGUCCUCACGAGGAUAGGAAACAAAAAUUUUAGUAUUUUCCUCACACGACCCAUUAAUCCAUUCACUCUUCCCCCAUCCUCCAAAAUCCAUCUCCGCGUCCCCCGCCCCCACAACCACCGCCUCCCCACCAUAACCGCCGCCAUUUCCCGCACCAAGAAGGAAGCCACCGUCGAAACCGUGAAACAGCAGCUCGAGAAUUGCUACCUCCUCGCCGGCAUCAACUAUAAGGGAUUCACCGUGAAGCAGUUCCAGGAGCUCCGAAAAUCCCUCCCCGAAACCACGAAGCUCAUCGUCGCGAAGAACACGCUCGUGUACAAGGCGGUGGAGGGCACGCGCUGGGAGACCCUGAAACCCUGCAUGAAGGGCAUGAACGUGUGGCUCUUCGUCCACACGGAGGAGAUCCCUGCUGCCAUUAAACCCUACAGAGACUUCCAGAAAGAGAAGAAGCUCGAAGACAACGAUUUCACCGGUGGAGUCUUCGAAGGCAAGUACUACGGCCCCGAUGAGUUCAAAACGCUUGAGACUUUGCCCACGCGCGCUGAGAUUUAUGCCAAUUUAUUGGGAUCAUUGAAGAGCCCCGCCUCUGCUCUCGUCAGCACUCUUCAGGCUCCGGCCAGGGACGUUGUGAUGGUUCUCAAGGCCUAUGUCAAGAAGCUCGAAGAGGAGGCUGGUGCCGCCCAAUCAUAGCAUAGUUUAAACUGUAUGUUGAUCUUGUUUUGAUAUUUGAUUGUUUAAUUGCAUUUGAGUUUGAACGUGCUCUAUUUAUAUAUAUAAUAUAUAUGUAGAUUGAUUGGUUAAUGUAUUUUGAUUGUAAUUGAAUCAAGGAUUCAGAAAGGGAAAAUCUUUUGGAAUGGAUAA